GGUGCUGAGACAUAAGUUAUGAAAACUUACGAGCGUCGUAUAGCUUGUCUAGCUGACAGCGAAUAGGACGGACCAGACAAACUUGGGGAGAAGCAUACCUAACCAAGGCGCAAAGAAACAAGGAACACUCUUCGAAUUGCAUAAAUAUCCAGACUAUUUAUUUGGUUCUCAUUGGCUCAAUGUGCUAGGCUUGGCUCAACAGAUGGAGAUGCAUGAGGGCGCUAAUUUACCUUGAAAGAGGAAUUCAUUCAGUGACUGUCAAGAUGCCUGUUAUUAGAACUCUCAGCAAGGUGGCUAAGCAGGCCCUCCUGAACCCAGGAUGUGGCUGUCAGCCAAUCACAGUGGCCGUACGGACCAUCAGCUUCUCGCCCCGCCAGGUCACCUCGGACGCCAGCUUCCAUUCCGUGUCCUUCUCCGAGACGGACCACCCCAAGGUGCUCAUCACAGGCGGCCUUGGACAGUUGGGGGUAGGGCUGGCUAAAAGGUUGAGGAAGCGGUUUGGAAACAAGAAUGUAAUCCUGUCAGAUAUCAGGAAGCCUCCAAGCCACGUUUUCUACAGCGGCCCCUUCAUCUACUCUGACAUCCUGGACUAUAAGAACCUGCGUGAGAUUGUGGUGAACAACCGCAUCACGUGGUUGGUCCAUUACAGUGCCCUGCUCAGCGCCGUGGGAGAGGCCAACGUAUCUCUGGCUCGCGACGUCAACAUCACUGGGCUCCACAACAUCCUGGACAUUGCAGCGGAGCACGGCCUGCGUCUGUUCGUCCCCAGCACCAUCGGAGCCUUUGGGCCCACCUCACCCCGGAACCCGACCCCUGACCUCUGUGUCCAGAGACCCAGGACCAUCUAUGGAGUCUCCAAGGUUCACGCAGAGCUCAUGGGAGAGUACUACCACCACCGCUACGGCCUUGACUUCCGCUGUCUGCGCUACCCAGGAAUCAUAUCUGCUGACUCACAGCCUGGAGGAGGAACGACAGACUACGCGGUAGCCAUAUUCCAUGAUGCUGUCAAAACGGGGAAGUUUGAGUGCAACCUGAAGCCAGACACGCGGCUGCCCAUGAUGUACAUCGAAGACUGUCUGCGUGCCACCGUGGAGAUGAUGGAAGCGCCCGCAGACACCCUCUCCAUGAGGACCUAUAACAUCAACGCCAUGAGCUUUACCCCUGAAGAGCUGGCUCAGGAGGUCCAGAAACAGCUGCCGGACCUGGAGGUCACCUACGACAUUGAUCAAGUCAGACAGGCCAUCGCUGACAGCUGGCCAAUGAACUUUGACGACUCUAACGCGCGGAACGACUGGGGCUGGAAACACGACUACGACCUCCCGGAGCUCGUCCAGACCAUGCUCAACUACAUCGGCUCAGACUCGCGCAUCGCACAGACCAACUGAGGGGCCAGCGGUGACGUGCUUCUCGGUGUCAUGCUGGAUUAGUGUUGUUUCUUUGUACAUACUGUAAAAAAACUUUGUUAUAGAGGAGGGAGACACGUGGUCUAUGAAGAUUUGUUAGAGAGGAGGGAGACACGUGGUCGAAAAAAAGACUGUUGUUAUAGAGGAGGGAGAAACGUGGUCUGGAAAUAGUCACUGUUUUCUCUCUCUCCUCUCUUUGUCUUUCUCUGUCUUUCUCUGUCUGUUUCCGUCUGUCUCAGUCUGUGUGGCAGAACAAGCUACUACAAUGUAAAGGUUGGUCGCUUGAGAAAUAGACGUUUGACUUUCCCCUUCUGGGAAAAGAGGUUAGAACAGAGGGUCUGUGAGAACAUGUUUAGAUGAAACAUCUCAGAGAGGUUGACUUGCACGGCUAUGAAUUGUUCACUCUAUUGUACCAUUGUGACAUUUUCAAGGCAAACAAUCAAAGAAUGUAGCAUUGGUCUUAAGUGCUUGAACACUUCUUCUCUCUGUGGUGAGCUAUGUAAGGCUAUUGUAAAGGGGUUAACGAUUGUAUAAAUGUUUUUGAUAAGAGAAUUCAGGUAUCAGAGGGCCUAAAUGUAUGGCCAUAAUCACAUUAAGUUUUACUAGCAUAUAAGCAUUGUAAUUUGAUGCAGUUUAGAGUAAAGAGAGAAUGAUUGCAACCCUUUUAAAUCUUGUAUUAUUUUUUUUAUCAUUGAACAGUUAUAAUUCUGCGUGUGUGUUUUAAUAUCAAUGUGUGGAAGCACCAGCUCACAUUUUUCUAUUAUUUUAUGUUCUUUCAGCUGGUUUUUUUUUCUCCCACUGAUUUCAUUCUUGUAUGUAUUCUGUCUGCUGGUGAUAACUGACUGGGAAUGAUGUUGAAUCAAUGUGCUCCUUGCACUGCUUGUAUGUAAAGUGUGAAUGUUCCACAAAUGACUCUCAAACGACUCCCUGGAUAGUGUCCACCAUAUUCCUUAAAUAUUCCCUAUACACUAUAAAAGGGAUUUCCCAUUUGGGAUGCAUCCUAUUUGACUGUUUCUGUUAGUUCGUAAGUGACCUGUCAGGGAUGUCCGUUUUCACUCCGUCUGUUUGUCAAAAGGGGUCCAUGUGGUGGUUGUAUGUUUUUCUUUUCGGACGCUAUCGUUGUAAAUGAAUUCAAUGCUUUCUGUGUGUAAGUCUGGAAACAAAUGUGUGUUCUUUCAAUCACAAAUCUGCUUUGCAUUACAGUAUCUCUUUUCUGUAUCCUCUUAAUAUGACAUGUAUUUGUCAGGGACCGUGUUCAACAUGCCAUUGCACCAUCUUUAUAUAGAUAGUUCAUUUUCAUCUGUAGUCCCUGGGCAGAAAACAGUCAACAUUAAAACAUCAAUACAAUCCUACAGUA